UUUUAUUUAAAAUAUUCUGGAUUUUAGAAAAUGAAUUUGGUUUGGGUCGUUUUCCUCGUUUUUCUCCCGGCGUUUGAGACGGCGAACGGAACAGCUUGCUUGGCUGACGUGUCCAUCCGCGAAUUUGUCAAAUUCUGGGAAAAAUACGAGGUGGAAUUGAAUGAGUGCCAAGGGGGCAAACGUCAAGAAGAGGAAAAACGCUCGCGGAAUGACUGUAAAUGCGACAUCCAGGAAAUCAAGCUUCUGGUGGAAACAAUCCUCAAUAACUUCAAAGAUGAGAUGAGGCAACUGGUGCUCAAUCCAACAAACAAUUCCCAGCUUGUAACUGAAAAGGAGGAAAAUAAUGCCACUUCUUGUCUUGAAAAAUAUAAACAGGACGUUGUGACUCUUGGAAACGGGAAAAGCUAUCAUUUGUCAACAGAAAAGGUAAAUUGGUAUCAAGCGAAGGAUUAUUGCGAGGAGAAGGGCAUGCGAUUGGCAUCUCCGAAGACUCGAGAAGAACUCAAUAUCCUGCUUGGAAAAAUAAAAGAUUUUGAAAAUGAUUUUUACUGGUUGUCGGCGUCGGACGUUGGGCAGAAAGGAAUCGAAUUCCGGUGGCUGGACGGAGAAGUGCUUCCUGUCAGCAGUUCCUUGUGGGACAAAGGCAUGAUGCAACCCGACAGUUUUGGCCGCGGCCAAGAAGUCUGCACCGCAAUUUCAAAAUAUUCUGGAACUUACAAGUUGGCCGACCAUGAAUGCAGGACAUAUGCAUUAGCCGGCAGUAUUUGUGAUGCGCUCGAUAGCGUCUGAAGAACUUUUCAAUCUUUGUACUUCCAAAUAAACCUUGCAUUUUGAUUUCA